CAGUUGAGGCUGGGCGGCCCGCUGUAGUAGGAGGGGCCGUGAGGUGAGUGAGUCCCGGAGCCCGAGGCUGAGGCUUGAACUGUGCUGAGAAGUUGAGCCCUUGCAGAAGGCAGCAGGAUCUGGACCAGACUUGAAGUGCUUUCUGCUGGCGUGACCACUGAAUGACCUUAAAUAAGUUCCUUCCUCUCUCCAGCCUCCUUUCCAAGUGAGUUUUGCCUCAGGAAACUACAGGCCCAGGAGGGCUCCCAGGGUUGUCCAAGCUCACGCAACAAGUCUGGAACGGAACCUUUCAGGGUCUGGAUUUGGAAAAACCAUUAUUGGGGUUGUUUCACAGGAAGGGAACUCUGGUGUUAAGAUGGCCUGAUAUGAAGGAAUCACGCCUCCCACCUCCCCGAGCUGCCCUGUGGCUGCCUUGUCCCUCGAGUGCGGAAGCCAGUUGGAACAUCGGGAAUGGAAGCCAGUGUGACCAUCCCAAUUUGGCAAAACAAGCCACAUGGAGCUGCUCGCAGUGUAGUGAGAAGAAUCGGGACCAACCUGCCCCUGAAGCCGUGUCCCCGGGCUUCCUUUGAGACCCUGCCUAACAUCUCUGACCUGUGUCUGAGGGAUGCGCCUCCAGUCCCUACUCUGGCUGACAUCGCCUGGAUCGCUGCAGAUGAAGAGGAGACAUAUGCCCGGGUCAGGAGCGAUACGCGCCCUCUGAGGCACACCUGGAAGCCCAGCCCUCUGAUUGUCAUGCAGCGCAAUGCCUCAGUGCCCAACCUGCGUGGGUCCGAGGAGAGGCUCCUGGCCUUGAAGAAGCCAGCCCUGCCAGCCCUAAGCCGUACCACAGAGCUGCAGGAUGAGCUGAGCCACCUGCGCAGCCAGAUUGCUAAGAUAGUAGCAGCUGAUGCAGCUUCGGCUUCAUUAACGCCAGAUUUCUUAUCUCCAGGAAGUUCAAAUGUCUCUUCUCCCUUACCUUGUUUUGGAUCCUCAUUCCACUCUACAACUUCCUUUGUCAUUAGUGACAUCACCGAGGAGACCGAGGUAGAGGUCCCUGAGCUUCCAUCAGUUCCCCUGCUUUGUUCUGCCAGCCCUGAAUGUUGCAAACCAGAACACAAAGCUACCUGCAGCUCGUCUGAAGAGGACGACUGUGUCUCUCUGUCCAAGGCGAGCAGCUUUGCAGAUAUGAUGGGGAUUCUGAAAGACUUUCACCGCAUGAAACAGAGCCAAGAUCUGAAUCGGAGUUUAUUGAAGGAAGAAGACCCUGCUGUCCUUAUCUCUGAGGUCCUAAGAAGGAAGUUUGCUCUGAAGGAUGAAGAUAUCAGUAGAAAAGGAAACUGAUAGCACUCAGCUCUACAAACUCAGUCUCGUGCUCCUGAAAGUCUUUCAAUAGCUGCCUUCCUCACCGCAGAUGUUUCUGCCUUUCAAUUAGAAAAUUUUUGCAAGUCUUGCCGAAAGCUAGAGCUUGGACUAAAAGAAGAGCUGGAUUAUAUGUUUUCCAUACUUCAAACCUUAGCAGAAGAUAAGCCUAUUGUGAGCUGAGACGCUUGUACCAGGUGAAUGUGUAGGUUAGAAAGUUUCAGUCUAUAAGGUGACCUAGAAGUUUCUGGGUUUUCCUUGCCCAUGUGAAAAUAGGUCCUGAAUGACUUACUUCACUGCAUUAGACCCCAUAACUGGUCUCACUGGACUCUUUGUGCCCAGCUAUCACUCUCAGCAGAGCUGAGGGGGCUAUAAAUGUUUAUGUACAUGUUCACAGGGGAGGAAAAACAUUUUAUGCUGCUUUACCAUGAACUAACACCAAUGCCCAGCAAUCACCCUCUCCCCUGUCCAACACCUAGAUGUAGAGGUGGGGCCUUUGGACCAGCUGACAUUUGGGCUCCUGCUGGGAGGCCUGGGCUGUUUUUUUCUUAAAUAUAUUUUGUAAUACUGUACAACCAAAUCUACCCUCCAAGGCCCUGAAGCCUCAUUAGUUCCAAUGAUUAAAACUUUCUCUUCCUUGGACUUUCAUUUAAGCCCAGCAGGAAAGAGAAAUGGGGAGGGGAAAGAGAAUACCUUCUUUCUUCCAGGCCCUUGGCUGCUCCUUUGCAUUGGGCCAAGGUUUGUACCAACCGCACCAUGCAUGACUCAGAUGCCCUCAGGUCCCCUUCUUUAUAGUAUGUGUCCUGUGUGUGUUUGGAUGGAAGCACUACCUGAUAUUAAAGGAAGGAUUCGGAAAGAUAUUGUA